UGGUUCUCUGGUACAUGAGAAAAGACUGCACUGUAUAGAAAUAAAUUUGUAAAUGGAUGUAUUCCGGCCACGAAAAUCAUUCAGUAAUAGAUAGGCGACGGAAUUUGAUGGGUAUUUAAUACCCGAAAACUAGACGCCAGAAAAAAGUUCCGCAAAGCAAGGAAAAUGCUACAAACAAAGCUCCGGCGCACAAAAAAAACAACUACUGCUGGCAUGUGCAACGUAGCAUGCAAUAGGGGGAUUUUCCGGAACUACUUGCGACCAAGUGGCCAAAGGACCUGGAUUUCGGUGCUCCUGGUGCUAAUCCUUAUCGGUACCUGCGCACUUGCGGAACCCCUGAAAGUUAUAUACGCGGUCAACGCUGGCGGGGAUGAGCACACCGAUCUUAAUGGCGUUCAAUACGAUGCGGAUCCUCUCAAAGGAAUUGGAAUAGCUUCUGACUAUGGAAAACACCUGCUGAUGAUCGGCCGGGUACAGGAACAUGACGAGGUCCUCUACAGGACCGAGCGGUAUCACACCACCACAUUUGGGUACGAUUUACCUAGUGAUGGUGAUGGAGAUUACGCCUUAAUAAUGAAGUUCUGCGAGGUGUACUUCGAUGCGCCACAGAAGAAGGUUUUCGAUGUGCUCCUAAACCGCAAGCACACGGUUGUCCGUCAGCUGGACAUCUAUAACCAGGUGGGCAGGGGCUCGGCACACGAUGAGAUCGUGUACUUUAAGAUCAACAACGGACGGUUGAACUAUGAGGGCGAGGUGUCCGAUGUGCGAAAUGGCCGCCUCCGGCUGGACUUCAUAAAGGGGGCACUGGAUAAUCCCAAGAUCAAUGCCUUCGCCUUGCUCAAGGGAGACAUCUCCCUGGUUCCGCGAAUGCAUGGCUCCGAAGCGACUGAGAGGAUUAAACCGGAGGGUAAGCUGAAUGCAGAACCGAAGAUAGGACAGCAGGCAGAGAGGGUAGUGCGCAACCAGCGGGACAACAUCGAUGAGGAUGACGAGGACCUCGACGACGAUGAGUUUGAGGAAGAGCUGUCCGAGCAGCAAGUCGACAAGCUGGGCAACGAUCAGUCUUUUCAGCAAUCGGACACAAAGCGGGCUUACAGUGGCCCCCGCCAGCCGAAUCCGUACUCCAUGGACGACUCAUCGAUCCUUCUACCAGUUUUCAUCGCCAUCGGAGCCUUUAUACCACUGUUGUUCUGCCUCUGCAAGCUGUGAUCUCUAUCCGUUGCUCACUCAACGAUCUCGGCCUGCGUUGAUUUCCUGCUUAGUGAUUUUGUGAUUUUGAUAAAAGACUAAUUAUAUACUUAUCGUUUAGUUCGUACGUUGUGCACUCCCUAGAGGUCGGUUCCCUUAUUCCCAGGAUGCAAAGCUCUCUUAACGCCCUGUACUUUCCAUAUUUGAUAAGAAAUUCUUUAGUGUUCUUCUCGGGUACUUAAGCGUUAAGUCACUUGAUUGUUUUUGAUGUUCCCGGAUCGUUUGACCGCUCAACGCACGCUUAAACGCACAAAGUAAAACCGGUGUUUGGGAUGAAUUUUGCUUGGGAACUGUUAGUUUUGAAUGACAUGGAAUAAAAUUAGCCUUGUUUGUUAUUGGACAAAAA